AUGUUUGAAUGUGGUGACAAUACGAUUUCUAUAAUUUCAAUACCUACAUUUUCUCCCAAUUUGAUGCAGUUAAUAAAGUUAAGACAUACAUACAGAAAUCCAUCUUCAUCUUCAUGGGAAAAGAAUGGACAUGAUACGAAUUCUAAAGAGGCUGCAACGCUGCAACGGAAGAAAGUUCUUAUUGUUCUUGAUGACGUUGAUGAUGCAAACGAUUUAGAUCUUUUAGCUGGAAACUGUAGUUUGUACCGUAAGGGAAGUAGAAUCAUUAUAACUAGUACAGAUAGACAAGUACUUCAAAAUGUUUGCCAUGAAGAACAUAUUUAUCAGGUUAAGGGAUUAAGUAAUCAGGAAUCUCUUCAACUCUUUAGCUUGCACGCUUUCCAUCAAAAUGAACCUAAAGACGGAUAUGUUGAGCUAUCCCAGCAGGUGAUAAGUUAUGCUCAAGGUAAUCCAUUAGCACUAAAAGUUUUAGGCUCUAGUCUUUAUGGGAAGGAGACAGAAUAUUGGGAGAGCCUGUUGCUCAUAUUGAAAAGCAUCCCGAACAAGAGAAUUCAAGAUAUUCUAAAAGUAAGUUAUGAAAGGUUAGAUAGUGAUGAGCAACGCAUAUUUCUUAAUAUUGCAUGUUUGUUUCGAGGAAGACAUAUCAGUGAAGUUGAAAAAUUAUUAGAAAGUUUUGGUUUCUUUGCGAGAAGUGGAAUAAGGGCGAGAAGUGGAAUAAGGAGUCUUGUUGAUAAAUCUCUCAUAGACAUUUUAGACUUUACAGUAUCUAUGCAUAACUUACUGCAACAAAUGAGAAAGGAGAUUGUCAAUGAGGAAAGAACUGAAAAGAUUGAGUGCAUUUUAUUUGUCAUGUCUAAGGUUGAAUCUAUAAGUUCCACAGCUUUCAUGAGGAUGGCUAAUCUUAGAUUCCUCUAUAUGUAUGAUCAUUACAGCUUAUUUUGCCCAAAUAAUCUUGUAGAACUUCACUUGCCUAGCAGCCAGCUCAAACAACUGUGGGAUGGAGAUAAUAAGUCUCUUGGAAAUUUGAAAGUCGUGGACCUCAGAGGCUCUUAUGUACUUGAUUAG